AUGGCCGCUCCUGGUGAAACCGUCGCAAUGGCAAGUGAUGCCUUCAACGAGCAAGCUCGAGCAGAAGAAGCCCGCGAGCGUCGUCACCAAGCCCUGGCCAAGAUCGACGCGGCCCCUGUCGGCUUGCAGCACAUCCGUGCCGUGAUCGUCGCCGGUGUUGGGUUCUUCACUGACAGCUAUGACAUCUUCGCCAUCAACCUGGUUGUCGGCAUGCUCGGUGUUGUCUAUUGGCAGGGCGAGCACAAAGGCAAGAUCCCCUCUGUUUCCGACACUGCCAUCAAGGUGUCGACUUCCGGUGGAACUGUUAUCGGUCAGUUGUUCUUCGGUUGGCUUGCUGAUCGGAUUGGUCGCAAGCGUAUGUAUGGCAUUGAGUUGAUGAUUAUCAUCAUGGCUACUCUUGCUCAAGCUUUAUCUUCUGCCUCUGUUGCUGUCUCUAUCACUGGUUUGCUUGUGUUCUGGCGUGUCAUCAUGGGCAUUGGUAUCGGUGGAGAUUAUCCCCUUUCUUCCGUUAUUACCUCUGAGUUUGCGACUACCAAAUGGCGUGGUGCCAUGAUGGGUGCUGUUUUCGCCAUGCAAGGAUUCGGACAAUUUGCUGCUGCUAUCAUUGCUUUGAUCGUCACUGCUGGCUUCAAAGAGUCCCUCGAGUCUGCCGAAGAUGUUGGUCAUUGCACUGGUGUCUGUCAGCUGGCAGUUGACAAGAUGUGGCGAGUGAUCAUCGGCUUCGGAGCAGUUCCUGCCUGUUUCGCCCUUUACUACCGUCUAACCAUUCCCGAGACCCCCCGUUUCACGUUCGAUGUCCAGCGUGAUCUUCUUAAGGCUGAUGAGGAUGUCAAUGCCUAUCUUAAGGGCCAAAGUGAAGGCCAUCCCGACGAGAUUGAUCGUGCCCGCGUCUUGCACGGUAAUACGUUUGCGCCUUCUCAGCCUGGCUGGAGAGGCUUUGUCGACCAUUUCAGUCAAUGGCAGCAUGGCAAGGUCCUUCUCGGUACCGCUGGAUCGUGGUUCUUCCUUGAUGUUGCUUUCUAUGGUCUUGGUCUCAAUAAUUCCAUUAUCCUGUCGGCCAUUGGCUGGACUGGAGGCAAGGAUGUCUACGAAGUAUUCUACCGCAAUGCGGUCGGAAACUUGAUCCUUAUUUGUGCAGGCGCCAUCCCAGGCUACUGGGUCACUGUUGCAACUGUCGACACCAUCGGCCGCAAGCCCAUUCAACUCAUUGGAUUCGGAAUGCUCACAAUCCUGUUCAUUAUCAUUGGAUUUGCUUACGACAAGUUGAUUCACACUCACAAUGGUCUCCUCGCCCUGUAUGUCAUUGCCCAGUUCUUCUUCAACUUCGGACCCAACGCCACUACAUUCAUCGUGCCUGGCGAAUGCUUCCCGACCCGCUACCGAUCCACCUCGCACGGUAUCAGCGCUGCAACUGGCAAAAUCGGGGCAAUCAUCGCCCAGUGUGUCUUCGGUCCCCUCAUCCACCACGGUGCGAAGAAACCCGACGACUCGCCUUGGCUCAAUCACGUUAUGCAGAUCUUCUCUUUGUUCAUGCUGUGUGGCUUUGCUACUUCUUGGUUGAUCCCCGAGACUAAGCGCCAGACUCUGGAGGUUCUCUCUGGCGAGCCCAAGAGUUCUGCUCCUGUCAGUCCCUACGUGUUAGCCAAGGAUGAUGGCAAGGAUGACCUUCAGACUCCUCAUGCAGUCACAACGGCUAUUCACACUGAUUAA